UGUAAAGGUUUUUGUUGGUGGUGCCUUGUGGGGGGGGGGCGUGGAAUGGCAGAAAGUGGCAGAAAACCUCGUUUACCUGCCAAACAUCCCAGGUCUGAUUCUCAUCCUCCAGUGUUUUUUUAAAAAGAGCAAUUUUAACAGGCGAUGAGAAAUAAGUGCAUUUGCCUCCUGCACCAGAUUCUGAGAGAUGGCAAGAAAAGUUGGAGAAGGCCACCGGGCCAGCUGGCUGCGGUCAAUUAUGUUCUCCUUUGCCUGAGACGGUCAAAUAUCUUGGGUCAGCCCCCGGGAACGACCAGACCGUGGACCGCUUGCUCAGAGGGCUCUCCGGAAGGCGGAUCAGCCUCACGUUACUGGGAAAUUCCAUGGGGUUCCGUGGUUUCUAGGGAAACAACCAGCAUCCUCUGGUUGGCCGCCAUCUUGCUGGCGGGCCACCUCCUUGCCCAACGCAAUCAUGUCUUCAAAAUUACAGUUAGAGCCACCGGAGAGAAGCAGGAGCCAACGGCGGACUCGCCCGAUCAUGUACCGCUUCCUCUGGCGAAUCCGCGAAGAGUGGAAACUUCUGGGCUUCUUUGAGAUCAAUCAUGAUCACGAGUCCUACCAGCUCAGCUGCAUGCUCAAAGAGGGGCUCAAGACCUCCAUCCAGCAUGCGAUCGAUCACCCAGUGACCACGGAUCUACGAAGUGAGUCAGAAUUUACUGCAGUGCAUAAGCAUAUCCACGAGGGCUUCGAAAUGAGGACUUACGCAGGCCCCAUUUUCGCACGGUUUCGGCAAUUCCUGGGCCUGGUGGAUCUCGAGUACCAAAAAGCUCUCUCUUGCGAAGCCUUCUACCUGCAGUUCAUCAGUAAUUCGAAGAGCAACGCUGACUUCUUCCUGACCAACGACAAACGCUUCUUCCUCAAGACGCAGAGAAAGCGGGAGAUCCGUUUCCUGCUGGCGAACCUGCAGAAGUAUCUCAAGCACAUGGAGCGAUACCCCCACUCCAUCCUCGUCAAGUUCCUCGGGGUUCACAGCAUUAUUGUUCCCCAAGAGAAGAAGAAAUACUUCAUCAUCAUGCAGAGCGUCUUUUAUCCUCAUGAGAGGAUUGUGGAGCGGUACGAUAUUAAAGGUUGCGAGGUUGACCGGUGGGCGGAUCCGGCGCCGGACGGCAGCGAAGUGAUCGUUGUCUUCAAGGAUCUCAAUUUUGGACAGAACGUCAUCUGCCUUGAGCAGCAGCGCGACUGGCUGGUCCAACAGGUAGAGGUGGACACGGACUUCCUGAAGGAGCUACACGUGAUUGAUUACAGUUUUCUGGUUGGGUUGCAGCCACUCCAUGAAGAUGAACAGCUCCUCAACAAGGCCUUAGCCAACAUCAUCACCAGGACUACCAUGUCGCUCUGCUGCCCCAGCUGCCCCUCAAGCACGGCGACAGCACAGUUGGACGACACCGAAGGCACAGCCCACAUCGCCACCUACGCGAACCAGGUUAUCUCCAGCGCGGACCCCCAGAGCAAGCUGUCCCCCGAAAGCAAAGCCACCCUGCAGAACAUUCUGGAGCUUUACCUAAAGCAUCGGCCCAGCACCGAGAUUGACCUGGAGACGUCCGCCCACAGCGAGACCUUCAUGAGGGACGUCCUGGCCCCUUACCUCUUCCGAGGGAGCAGCUUCGAGGAGGUCCCCAGCUCCUUCGGCGACGUCGACGGCGCCGAGCGCAGCCACAUCAUCCGCGGGCCCAGCCUGGUGGACUCCUCGUUCCUUUUAAGCCAGAACCGGCGCCUUCUCCCGGGCUCCCGGAACCCUCUGCACGUGAUCGACGGGCCGGAUUACCGCUAUUUUGUGGGCAUUAUUGACUUCUUCACGGUCUACGGCUGCCGUAAGAAGCUGGAACACCUUUGGAAAAGCAUCCGGUAUCGGGGGAGAAGCUUCUCCACGGUUCACCCUGCCUGUUACGCCAGGAGACUUUGCAAGUGGGUGGAGGAUCACACCACAUGAGCCUGGGGGAAAAGAGCAGAGAGGAUGGGUGACAAGGGAAACGCCUUCGGUUCGUUUUCCCAGGGUCCCCGGAACCUUUUUAUCCCAGGGCACCCGCUUGAGUCCCAGAAAGAGAAAAGCAACUGACCGUAAACCAAGGUCAACACGGAUGAACUCAGAUUCCUUCUCCGAGCUGCGGAGAACUGCUCUGAUGCUGGAAGACUGGUUCAAAACACAGUGGCACAGAGUUCCACAGGAUCUGGCAUGGGGUUUUCGGAGGGGGCGGAAGGGGUCUGAUCGGAGGCAGCGCUUCUGCACACAAUGGCUGGAAAUUGGUGCAGAAUUUUGACACUUCUGAAUACGAGUGCCAUGUUCUGGAGUCCCAGCGAUAACCAUCAGAAUUUGGACAUUAAAACGGGAAAAAUAAACCCUUUCUUGAGCUCUCCUAACAAUACCGGACCCUUUCAAAAAAGGGUAGGUGUGCUGCUCCGAUCCAUCCUUUUGCCUCCAUGAUCAUGGGUUAAUCCUACAGAGGUCCAAAGGAGGCCAAGAAUAAAUGAAAAAUGAAGGAAGAGGUGACAUCAAAAAGGGCCCCAUCCACGGUGGUAUCAAAGCACGAAGCCGAUGUUAUUCUCCAUUUAAAGAAUAAAACCACUCUUGAGAAAUGUCUUGCUGUGGUUAAUUUAAAAAAAAAAUCUGUGUCAUUCUAAUCUAAUACAUUCUUACUGGGAACAUACAUAAUAAGCAACUGUGAAGGGCAAACCUCUAUAUAAAACAGUUUUAUAGAAUAACUCAAUUUUGUGGUGACUUCCCCCCCCAAUAAUGGUAUCAACUCUCCUGUAUUUUUCAAAACAAACACAAAUCCAAACCGCACCGUGCCGUUUUCCUAGAAGGCCAGGAAAAAAAUUAAACAGGUUAGCCGCUGUCCACCAGAAGAAGGAUCUAAAUUUUCCCGUUCAGGAUCGGGGACUACCUAAUUCAGCGUUGGUUUCCCGCAACGGUCGGUCUGCCGUCCCUCUACUACAAUCUCCAGCCACCGCAGUAUUUAUUUUAUGUGUUUAAUUGUA